AUGUCUGAGGAGGGUCCACCAACCACUUCGUGCUUAGCAUUUGGGUCAGUUCCAUCGCCGUCGACGGGACGAGCUAUACCCAUAUCGGCCACCCAUGCGCCGCUCAAUACAUCCUCAUCAGCCAUUGACCUGAGCUCUAGUCCUCCACCUGAGCCAUUGCUCAUUGCGCCGCCGACUGCACCUUUUGCGGCGGCUCGCGACCAUGCUGGCACACGAGGGCGGGCGUUGAGUGCGACGAGCCCGCAGAAUGGGUCGCCACGAGGUCUCACGCCGAGUGGGCAGGUGAGGUCGAAGCAGAGCUUGGAAGUGGAGAGGAAGCCAUCGUUGUACGGACACCAUAGGCAGACGUCUAUCGUGCAUGGGGUGCAGCAUUCGCGGAAUGCUAGCUUGCUGGCCUCCACGAAUACGAGCCCGUUGAGCCCACACCGGGCUAUGGCCAACGGUGCUGUGGAGAACGCGGCUGGCAAUGGGGCACCAAUACUGAAGAAGAGUCCAUCGAUGUCGACCUUGCAUAGCAAUGGACAUGGUCUGCCGGGAAAUCGCAGUUUCGAGAAUGCGGCCACGCACAGGCGGCCAGAGCGCAUGCACAGCGGUAGAGUGAAGCGCAGUCAUGAGCACAACCGAUCACAGUCACGUGUCCAUGGCCAGCAAGAGCUGAAGACGGUCGGGGAGUACGCUCUGCACCACUUGUUUACCUCGUUCAUUGCGGAGGCAGACGAUCGCAUUGAACGAUGUAUACCGCGCGCUGGUGAGCCUGAGCCACGAGUGGAGAAUAUAUGUGGUCCGGGCGCCGACAUCUCGUUCGAUCAACUGAUAUCGUCUCUCGGACACAUCAACCGCCACAAGCCCAAUUCGUUGAUCGACUCUGUGAUACACUGGCGAAAGAAGAAGGCCGAUAUUGCUAACAACCUAUAUAUCGAGCUUCAGAAGAUGCGAGAAAGUGCCAUGGUCACCCAACGUGGAGUAACGCAGGGUAUUGCGCCUCCACCGAUCAACCAUGAUGUUGUCAUGAAGGAACAAGAGAUGUCACUAGCUGACUCGCGGUCGACUAUCUCGAUCUAUAUAUUGUGUCGCGUGCUCAUCGAGAUUAUUGGCCAGACUACUCUCAAAGCGUUGAAUGGGCCCGACGGCAACCUCAACACAGCUGGACGGCUUGAGGAUGUUAUAUACGGGCAAUUGCAGAGUGCUGAUCCAGACUUGCUGCUCACCUCUCCUGUGAUACACGCCAAUUGGGAGAUACGAGGUCAGCUUCUUGGUGUGAUGAGUGGUGUGAGAUUUGCGGAAGUUGCAGAUCGGUUCGUCAAAGAUCUGGAGAGGGCACAGCAACGACUGUCGAUCAAAGGUCUGGCGGACCCGAGACUGGCCACCAAGACGGCAUUACUUGUAAAGAGUAUGCGAUGGCUGAAGGUACACACAAAGCCGGACGAUGCUUGGUCACAUGCUUGUGACACUAUGCGCACCCUCGCCAAAUUCUUUGCCGAAGUGCAUGGCCGGGUCAUGAAGCAUGCAUAUGCUGAGUUAUUCGAGCGUCUCAUGCUCCCGAUUGCAGCCAAUGCCACCUCCGAGCUCAACUCGCCGCGAUGGCGGGAAGUCGUCAAUAUCAUCCAGCCCAAGCUUACGCAAAUGCUCUCGAAAGCAGACCAUUGGCCAUAUAUUUACCCUCUACAAGCGGUGCUGCUCUGUGUAUCGCCGGGAGAACAGUUCGCAAACCAAUGGUUGCCACUCAUCACAUCUGUGCAGCCGAAGGCGAGAGACAGAGCUGGUCGGUCCCACACGCUGAAAGCAGUUUGUCGGCUGGUAUGGCGGUAUCUGUACCGAUUGUCAGACUCUCGAGCGUCCGUCGCUCGAAAACUGGACGAAAUUGUCCGACUCGUCUUCCAGGGUGGCAAGCGUGUGCUCAUCUCGACUGAUCCUGUGAUUGCCGAUCCGCUCAUACAGUUGAUUCGCAUCAUCGGCUUCAGCUAUCAAGACCUGUGCUUUCGAACCAUCAUCUUCCCAUUGAUGAAUGCCGAGCUCUUCUCUGGACCCGAAAGAGAUCUGCGAAUCGAGAAUCUGGACCCCGAGAAGACAGUCAUAGCAAUUCGAGCAUUUCUAGCAGUCAUGUCUGAUCUGGAGAAGGGCGAAGCGCCACCUUUCCCGACCGGGUUCGAAUGCGAUGCGCUCACCGACCCAUCCACGCGCUCGCCAAUGACACAUCGGCGGACUCGCUCGCAAGGCUUUGCAGUAUCUGCGGGCCGUACAGAACUACUUUCACGACCUGUAAUGAUCGCAAACCUGGACGACAUCACGAAAGAGUACUAUAACAAAUUUUGCCAGAUAUUGGGCAAGCUUACUAUCAUCUGCGAUAACACUUUCGGCGGCCAAGCGGUAUUGGAAGAGAAGUUUGCAUCCCAUACGCCCAAGACGCCUAUGGCGGAAGCCUUCAAUUUUACCAAGCGUGAGGACUUCCUCAAUCCUACCGAUCUCCGCCAGCACUACUACGAUCUGCUGCAUGUGGCCGUCGAAGCUCUACCACGCUGCUUGUCGCCGCAUCUGCCAAUAACGCCACUUGUCAAUUUGCUUUGCACCGGUACUGCGCAUGUUCAGUCACAUAUCGCAAACUCGUCUGCCCAGUCGCUCAAAUCCAUCGCCCGUCAGUCGCACGCACAACAAGUGACUAUUGGCUUUGCGCGGUUCAUCUUCAACUUCGAUGACAGAUAUGCUACUGUGUCUGAUGGCAGCCUGCUUGGUCCUGGUCACAUCGAAAACACCUUGAAAUUGUAUGUUGAGCUCCUUCAAAUCUGGAUCGACGACAUUCAGCAACGGACGCGUAAGGUCAAUGCUGAGCCUGCUGUUGACGAUGCAGACUCCACAACCCGGCAACUACCUCUAGACCUAUCCGGAAUCCUAGCACAUGUAGAUGAGGUCGAAUCGCAUGGAUUGUUCUUUCUUUGCUCGCCCUCUCGAGUAGUCCGCGCAAUUGCAGUGACGGUGCUCCGAUUGAUCAACAAAUUCGAUACAGCGUUGGGCAAGCCAACCAGAAGAAUCAUCAGCAUUCUGGAAGGUAGCUCACAGCAAGUAAUUGACGUCAACGAUGAGCGGCUGUCGUUGGCAGAACGAAGUAGACUCCAGAAGGGCUUGCGGAAGAGUAAUUUGAACAGCACACUCGUCGAGCUCUGCAGCAGUGAAAUUGCGCACGACACCAAUCUCUGGUUCAAGCUGUUUCCGAACCUCAUACAAUUGAGCUCACAGCUGAGCAGCGCCGUGACGCUCACGAGGGAGCUUGUCUGCCUCCGGCUAUCCCACAGUCACAAAAAUAUCGCCAAUCUCGCUGAUGGUUUCCGCUCUACACCGUACAACGCCAUAGAACAGGCAUUUGCGCCUGUUAAGCCAGCAGGUAGAGUGGCGACUUCGGCUCCGGACGUCAUUAUAGAACAAUGGAAGAUCCAUCUGGUAUUCGCCUGCACGACAUUGACGAAUACUGGCGGCAGUGCAAAUCAUGCACCCGCACCUAGCCAGAGCUCCCAGCACACACGCAAGAGCUCGAAGUCUUCAGCCACUAGCCAGGACAAAAUCGCCUCUGCCAAUGAGCUCUUCUCGCGGGUAGUGCCUUUUUUGGCGGUUGCGAAUGCUGCCAUCCGUGGUGCGGCCGCUGUGGGACUCGGCGCCACGAAUGUCGAUAUGUUCCCAACUCUGCUAGAGUGCUUGCAGCCAUAUGUUGCACAGUGUAGCAGUGAGGCUAAGGAGCGCCUGAAUGCUCACCAGAGAAGUGUGAGCAUUCCGCGACGAAGUCGCAGGACUGAUUUCCUACGCACUGAGAUCACGCAUCUGCUUAGUCUCACCUGUCAACAGUUGCAGCUUGAGAAGCUACUCGGCCAAGAGUAUCCGUUGACCUACAUUGUCGACUACACAAAGCACCUGCGGCUUUUCCUGAGCGAUACAGAGAUUCAAGGGGAGCUCGAAUUUCAGAAGCUGCGGACGCAUUACUGCACGCUGGUCGAGACCUUCUACGAGACUGCACGGAAGGUCAAAGAUUCUUCCCGCUGGGUCUCGUUCCAAUCACGACAAGCUACCUUUGCACUGAUGGAGAACUGGUGUGGCUUCUCACCGCACGAGCCGCAGCUACGUAGGCAAGAGGACCACCUCCGCAGGUCACUGCUCGAUCGUGAGCAGGAUCUGCGAAGUCGUGGCAUCGUCAACUCCGCACUCGAGAAGGAGAAGAGCGAGCUGCAGCUUGCAGCACUGAGCGCCAUGGCAGCUCUAUGUGCUGGACCGCUAAACUUUGUCGCCGACAAGAAGAUACUCAUGCAGUUCGAUGUGCGGCGAAUGCUCACAUGGGUGUCUUCAAUCUUCGACUCGCCGAGUGAUCGGAUGCACGCGAUCGGUCGCAGAGCGCUACAGAACCUCAUCGUGCACAAUGUUGACCAGCCCUAUAUCAUGGCACAGACACUGCGCAUGUGCUACAUCGCGAGGACGCCCAAAGCUUUGACGAGCUAUUUCGAGGUCGUCACAAAGGUGUUGACAGACCACGAGAACGUCACGACACCUUUCUGGAAGAUCUUGUGCGCUGGACUCUACACACUCGGCAACGAGGACAGCAAUAUCCGCAUGCGCUCGGAACGACUACUACGAACGCUUGAAGAGCGACAAGGCAAGACUUCAAAAUUACAAGAUCUCGACAUCAGCGUCUCCGACAAGACGACCGCGGUGUACAAGCUUGCACAAUUCGAGAUCUCGAGGCGACUAUCGAAGCAGCACCCUGAGCUCGCCUUUCACGUCUUUUCUGAGUUCUCAGCAUACUUCAAUGAGCUGCAGCCUGAUCAUCAGCGCAACAUGGUGACGGGUAUGCUGCCUUGGAUUCAGACAAUCGAGCUUCAGCUUGAUCCGAAUGGUGGACCCACAGCAACAUCAUAUAUGCUGUUGGUCAAUCUCUUCGAGAUCACGGCCAAGAGCAGCAUUACUUUGCACAACGAGAUUCAAGCUUUGUGGCAAGCUCUUGCUACAGGACCGUAUGCUGGUAAUGUACAACUUGUCCUCGACUUCAUCAUCAUGAUCUGCUUGGAGCGAAAGGAGCAUAACUUCGUGCUAUACGCCAAGCAGGUGGUUGUCUUCUUGUCCAAGACACCGGCUGGAGCGCGAGUAGUAGAGUAUUUGCUUUUGCAGAUCCAUCCGAAGACAAUGGUCGCCGAGAGGCGUGAGCCAGCACAGGCGCCCAUCGACACAGCACAGCUACCGUAUAUUGCAGACCUUGCGCUGGUCUUGCCAGGAGGUGCCAAGCAAACGAGCAUGUCGCUGGGUCAGCUCAGCAUGAUCCUGCUGGUCGAUCUUGUGGUGUCGCCCAUUCAGCUGCCAGCGGAUAAGGUGCCUACACUCCUGCAGGUCGUACUUGUGCAAUGGGAUCAGUAUGUCAGCAUUGUCCAGGACCAAGCGAAAGAGAUGCUGGUGCACUUGAUCCACGAGCUGGUUAUCUCCAAGAUUGAGCCCGGCAGCACCGAGCCCGACAAGAAGUCGAUCGAGGACUUCAUCGACUCGGUCCGCACGCACGAUCCCAAGAUUAUGUGGUCGUACACGGACAGUGAGAUCCGUGCUGGCGAGGAGACCAGUCGUGCUGUGUCCGAGUCCAUGGCUUAUGUUGUGGACGAAGUCGUCAAGAUCUUCUCAGUCACAUACCCUGGCUUACGGGAGGAAUGGGGUAAAGUCACUAUGCAGUGGGCGACGUCUUGUGCUGUCCGACAUAUCGCCUGCCGCUCCUUCCAGGUCUUCAGAUGCAUAUCCACCACCCUGGAUCAGCAGAUGCUUGCGGACAUGUUGGCACGUCUGUCGAACACCAUUGCGGACGACGAGAACCAUGACUAUUUAAUCUUUUCGCUCGAGAUCCUGACGACGCUGAGAAGCAUCAUUGAUGCACUGACGCCGCUUGAUUUGCUGGCCUACCCGCAGCUGUUCUGGACAACGUGCGCCUGCCUUGACACUAUCUUCGAGCGCGAAUUCCAGGAAGGCAUGAGCAUGCUCAGCUUACUGCUCACCAAGAUGGAUCUCAGUGAUCCUGCUGUGCUCAAGAUUCUCCGUGAAAGUCAGCCAGCAAAAUGGGAAGGUGGCUUCCAGGGUAUGCACUCGCUGUUGUUCAAGGGUGUACGCUCUAGCACAUCUAUGAAGCGUACAUUGGACGUCAUGGAGCAGCUCAUCAAGCUCCCAUCCGGCGACAUCGUCGGCUUUGAUGAUCGACUACUCUUCACACUCCUGGCAAACCUGCCCCGGUAUCUCCAUUACUUCGACAGCCGUGAUCCCGAGACAGACUGUCGUAUUUCAGCGGAGACUCUUGGCUAUGCAGCUGAGAGUCACGGCCAUGCAGAACUUGCAGAAAUACUUCUGACCUUCGCCAAAGGAGAGACAAGGUCACGCCGCGACUUCCUGUCUCGCUCUGUCAAGGCCAUCAGAGCAGCCUACCUACCAGCCCUCGAAUUCCACAGCCUAGUCUUCUUGCUUGGAAUGGUCAAUAACCAAGUAGAUUGGUUCAAGGUCACCACUAUGCAAGUGCUGUGCGUAAUAGUGCCAGACGUGGAUAUGCGCAAGCCGGAAUUUGCCAGCCAAGGGCCUGAUCUCAUCUCGCCUCUGCUUCGACUACUACAGACAGACCACUGUCAGCAAGCACUGGAGGUCCUUGACAACGUUAUAGAAAUGACAGGCACGCCACUAGACAACAAGCACUUACGCAUGAGUAUGGCAGGCUCGCACUCGAGCCGUGCUACUCGUAAGGAGUACGAGAGCACGAAAAGCUUGUACGGCAUUCCAGAAGAAUCUGGCUGGUCGAUCCCGAUGCCUGCCAUACAUUCGGCGCAGACAAGGAGCAACGUGCACGCUGUGUUCUACACCUUGGCAUACACCGGUCUGGGCGGCGUGCAAGAAGAGAACGCCAGUCCCGAUAUCGAGUUCCAUAGCGAUGACUAUGGCUACGACUCAUACUUCACGGACCGCACUGGUACCAUGAUGUCGGAUGACACACGUGCAGAUGGCAACAUGGGCGAAUUAGCCGAGAAGCUCGAGGAUCUCGACGACUUUUUCGACGAGCCCAAGCCUUCACCCGUCACAGAUGGCUACUCACGCAACUCCACUGGCCACCCUGAUGAGCGAGCAAGGCUGUAUAACGAGCAGACUUUGCCAAUAUUGCAGUCGCUGAAACGCAACCCGAGCGUCACCUCUUUCCAAGGUGGCUUUGCCACGUCCGAAAUGCGGUAUCCGCCGGCCCAGAAACACACAGUCAUGAACCCCGGAGCCUUCGCGCAGAAGAUGGCACCUCCUGCACGACCUGGACUGCACAAUAGAUCCAUCACCUCGCCCGCGAUGCCGCUCAAACGCAGUCCUCCAAGACUGGCAAAUGACAUCAUGUCCGGAGACGAGGCUGGUGACGAGCCCGAGCCCUUCUCCGACGAUGACUCCUCCUCCUCCUUCGGCCGCUCGAACACAGGAGACGAUCCGCCGCUGUCAGCACAGCACACGGUCAAGGCUUCCGGCCUGCGGGGCUGGAAACAAGGCCUCCGCCGCCUCACGUCGAGUGGCAAUACGAGGCAGGAUGUUCCCAGAAGUCUCAUCAGUGCGACACAGAAGAGUCCGAAGGUACCUCGGGUGCCUCAAAGCUGGCUGCUUGAUCCUAUGAGCGGCGAGCCAUGA